AACACAACACGCAAAGAAAAGUAGAAGAAAAGGCAAAGGAGUUGAGUUAGGCGCAGAAGAGAAGAGACGAGAGGAGGGAGAAAAGAAUUGAAGUUGGAAGACGAAGAAGAAGAAGAGGAGGAAGAUAAAGGGAAAUUUGAGUUUCUGGAAUUGCAAUGGACGUGAUAAAGACGCAGCAAAUCUCAUCUCGACCAAUCGAGAAGGUCGUGGUUCAUCCGCUCGUGCUUCUUAGCAUCGUCGACAACUACAAUAGAGUCGCCAAGGACACGCGCAAGCGCGUCGUCGGCGUUUUGCUUGGCUCAUCUUUCAAAGGCACCGUCGACGUUACCAACAGCUACGCCGUGCCGUUUGAAGAAGAUGACAAGGAUCCGAGCAUCUGGUUUCUUGACCACAAUUACCAUGAAUCAAUGUUUUCCAUGUUUAAAAGAAUAAAUGCAAAGGAGCAUGUUGUGGGGUGGUAUAGCACAGGUCCAAAGCUGCGUGAAAAUGACCUUGACAUUCAUGGCUUAUUUAAUGAUUAUGUUCCAAAUCCUGUCUUGGUUAUCAUUGAUGUUGAACCCAAGGAAUUGGGAAUCCCAACAAAAGCAUAUUACGCUGUAGAAGAGGUUAAAGAGAAUGCCACCCAAAAAAGCCAAAAGGUCUUUGUUCAUGUGCCAUCCGAGAUUGCAGCUCAUGAAGUUGAAGAAAUAGGAGUCGAACAUUUACUUAGAGAUGUAAAGGAUACAACCAUUAGCACCCUUGCGACCGAGGUAAGUGCAAAACUUACAGCCUUGAAGGGUUUGGAUGCUAGACUUAAAGAGAUAAGGAGUUACCUUGACCUGGUUAUUGAUGGAAAGCUUCCCUUAAACCAUGAGAUCCUGUACCAUCUGCAGGACGUGUUUAACCUGCUACCAAAUCUUAAUGUGGCUGAUCUUAUCAAGGCGUUUGCAGUGAAAACCAAUGAUAUGAUGCUGGUAAUAUACCUCUCGUCUCUCAUUAGAAGUGUAAUUGCACUCCACAACUUGAUUAACAACAAGAUGCUUAACAAAGAACAUGAACGGGCAGAAGACUCAAAGUCAGUUACCGUGCCUAGUGCAGCUGCAUAAGUUUUGAUGGAUUGUGAUGUUCGGAACUCUCAAUGUUAUUGAAUACUUGGAUUAAGAUUGUAACACUUUUUUUCUUUUUCUUUUUUUUACUUUUGUCGGGUUAGAAAACUUAUACCUAACGUGGCAUAAUGAUCUUUUUAUGCUUGUUCAGGUGCUCCAUGCUGUUUACCCUUCA